AUGUCGUCUUCAGCUACUUUCCGCCGAAAGAAGAAUGUGAAGAAGGGUAUUCAGUUCUGCCUGAUGGUCUGCGGUGCCUCGGGAACUGGCCGGACUACCUUCGUCAACAUGCUCUGCGGCAAGGAUGUGCUGGCACACAAGGAUGUCGAUGACGAGAGCGCCCAGGUUGACCAGGGCCUCAAGAUCAAGCCCGUUACUGUCGAGCUCGACCUGGACGAGGACCGCACCCGCAUCUCGCUGACGAUCGUCGACACCCCCGGCUUUGGAGACGAGAUUGAUAACGAAGCCUCUUUCGGUGAAAUCGCCGGCUACCUCGAGCGACAGUAUGAUGACCAGCUCGCCGAGGAGUCGAGGAUCAAGCGCAACCCUCGCUUCAGGGACAACCGAGUGCACGUCAUGCUUUACUUCAUCACGCCCACCGGCCAUGGGCUCCGUGAGCUUGACAUUGAGCUCAUGCGCCGCCUUGCUCCCCGCGUCAACGUUAUUCCUGUCAUCGGCCGUGCCGAUUCCCUCACACCCUCCGAACUCGCCCAAUCCAAGAAGCUGAUCAUGGAGGAUAUCGAGUACUACCGCAUUCCCGUCUACAACUUCCCCUACGAUGUCGAGGAGGAUGACGAGGAGACCGUCGAGGAGAAUGCUGAGCUGCGAAGCCUUAUGCCCUUCGCCAUCGUCGGUAGCGAGGAGGUUGUGGAGAUCGGUGGUCGUAAGGUUCGCGCCAGGCAAUACCCGUGGGGUGUUGUCGAGGUAGAUGACCCCAAGCACUCUGACUUCCUGGCCAUCCGCUCCGCGUUGCUGUACAGCCACCUGGUCGACCUGAAGGAGAUCACGUUCGACUUCCUCUACGAGAACUACCGUACCGAGAAGCUGUCCAAGGCUGUGGAGGGUGGUGCCGAGGCCGACUCGUCCAUAAACCCCGACGAUAUGGUGUCUCAGUCCUACCGCCUCAAGGAGGAGCAGCUCCGAAGGGAGGAGGAGAAGUUCCGCGAGAUCGAGAUCAGAGUCCAGCGCGAGAUCAACGAGAAGCGCCAGGAGCUGUUGGCCCGCGAGUCGCAACUGCGCGACAUCGAGGCGCGCAUCGAGCGGGAGACUGGCGCCGCUGUGGCUCAGCAGCAGGCCGCCGCCGCCGCUGCCGCGGCCAACAACGCUGCCACGAACGGCGAGAAUGACAGCAAAUAA